AUGGCAAGCGUUAUCCAUGGAGUGCACCAAAUGGAUGCAUUCAUGAAUGAACCUAACUUUGUUAUUAAGAAAAUCCACUGGAGUGUGUUUACAUCACAAUUUCACAAAGCCAUCAUUGAAGGGCCACCAAAAAGUCGCAUGUUGGUGGAAACUACUUCUGGUUAUCCCUUCAAGAGGUAUUUCAGUAUCAUGAAAUCAAUCAGAAAGGAUGUGCAAUUGACUAGGGCAAUAAGUGGAGAAUAA